GUCAACACUUAAAGAUACUGUAUAUGUCUUUGGUUUGUUAGUACAGAAUAAGGUUAGCAUUCAAACACUUAUUGACCAAGAAGACUAAUGACAAAACCAUUUAAAAAUGCGAUCCUCGGUUUCUUCUUGGCUAAUUGUGCUCGGGUUAAUGUUGGCGAUUGCGACUGAUGUUCAAGCUGAGAUCAAGACUACACCCAAACAUAAUGAAACCGCAACUGAAUUAAAUUCCACAAUAUCUUCCAACAGCCCUGCGAGUAGCACUAGUAAUUAUCUCACAGCUCCAUCCACAACCCCCAUUAUAGCAUACACUGAAACAACUGCAACGACAUUCAAUGAGAAGAAUGAAACCAGCACUCAAUAUACAAACAAAACAAAUCCAGCAGGACAUGUUUCUGUUAGCACCACAAAUACCCAUACUAGAACAGCGGCUGCCUCCACCACACCACUCCUACCGGUAUCUUCAACAACCAGGGCCGAGACCUCUGUGACAGCCAGUACUCAAGCAUCAGAUACAACACAAGAACAUUCACAAGAUAAGGCUGGAUUUAUAAUUUUAGGAGUCUUUGUCAUCGCCAUUAUUCUAAUUGUGAUCAUAAUUGUGUUUUUACGCAAUAAAACUCGGAGAUACUCUUUUGACCUGUACCGCAAAAAUCACGAAGAUACAGAAAUCCCACUAAGUGCUGUGGGUGGAGAGGGAGCUAUUGAGGCCAUCGCAAGUAAAGAGAAUUCAGGCUUUGACAACAGAAAGGAAGAAAAGGUUGUUAAUGAGACAAAGGCGUCACCAAAGACAUCUACAUCUGGGAAUGGUCAAGAAAAGCCAGAGAUUGUGUCAAACCCAGGAGUAAACGGUGAAGAAGGCAGAGCCCCUUGUUCUGGAGAGUGGCCAGAAGGUGCCCAGGACAGCUGUUUUACUGAGAUCCAGCUGGUGCAGACACCUUGAGAGACUGCUGCUGUCUUAAUGGUGGUGUGACUUAAACCUGAUGAAAGAAGAUAAGAAAGUCAGAAAACAUGUAACAAAGAGCAUUGACAGCUGAGGGUUCUUCUUUAAACAAUGAAUAAUGUUAGUAGAACUUGUGGGUUUUUUUUUUUUUUUCCACAGAUAAGAUCUUGUAUUUACAGGUUUUCUUUUGCUAAGCUUUCCUGAUAUGUCUAAAAAUCUGGUUUAAGAUUUCCUUUAUGUUCUGUAUAUGAUUGUUAAUGAAUAGUUAGUUUUUACGGUACAGAUCAUUCAGUCCCAGGAGUGAAUAAAAAAGUAAAAUACAGAGACAUUACAAAUAAGCUUUCAAAAUCAUAUCACAAAAAGGGAGACUAAACAAAUUAAAGACAGCCACUAGUAUGGUAGG